CCAGUCAGUCAUCCGUGCUCCGUCGUACGAGUGAGAUCGCGGCGGUACGCUCGCUCAGUGUGCUUACUCGCGCGCGCGCGACGACGACGACGACGACGACGACGACGACGACGACGACGACGACGACGAUUACGCGACGUGACGUCGUCGUCCGACAGUCUGCAGGUCGCCGGUGUGGACCUAACACGGGGACGCGGCAGACCGCGACGUUCGCAGCGUCCGCGCCAACUUUCGGAGGCAGCUAGGUGCAGGACGGUGCAGUGGCAGCAUCAGCAGCAGUAAGAGCAACGGACCGUUUCUCGUGCACGCAUCCUCUCCUCUUCCGCGUUCUUUCCCGAGCGACGAGGCGUAGACCUGGAACAAGAGGGACUCGGCCGACGGCGAUUCCGCAGAACGCGAACGCUCGAGACCUGUUCCAAAGCAGAGAGGUAUCUCUCAUCUAACUCAGCCAGGACCUUGGCGGUACAACCUCGUUUCCUACCCAAGGGAACGAUGCGGUGCUCGAUGACGUGAUCGACUUCUCGGUCAGCUACGUGCCGUGACCUCGUUCAAGUGGCUGGCCAUUCACUUCUUCGUGACCGAGCAUCGUCCCACCAAAUUCGAGAAGCACGACGAGAUACUAAAACUAAAUCUCGAAAAUUUCAGUCCUUUUUUCUUCGAAAGAGUCAAGAAACGAAGAGAAGUUUCAUGGAAGAGGGUGUCUCUCGAGACAGCGACUCGUUGACGUUCUCGAAAAGAAAGAAUGUGCGAGAGGAUAUCAAGAUCAUGAGAACAUCUUUGUAACGACGAAUCGUAUCCUUGGCAGGACGAAGGGUGAAGAUGCGCGGAAGGAAGAUCUGACCAAAUGCUUUGCUGACACCUGAAGGAAAGGGUGUAGAGGAGGUAUUCCGGUGGUAUGAUAAACGUGCGAAGAACGGAACGUUGACAACGUCAUGUGAGUCACUGAGACGUGUCGACGAAAAAUUCCACGCAGACAAAGUGUACACUUCGUCUGCUGUACUCGAGAAGGGAACGAGCGAAGUAAGAAACACAAAAGGUCCAACAGCGAAAUGUUUAUUUUCAGCUGAAAAAAUGAAAAUAUGAAAAUCUCUUCAACAAACGGACGUGACUAUGAAAGUCGAUGGACGAAAGUCAAGACGAAGAUUCAAGAUCAGAUCGGACGCAAGAUUUUUUAUUAAGUGGAAGAAUUAGACAAUCGCAACAAUCGGAAAGCUGAUAAAGCUAAGCUGAAUGUUAGCUUAGUUCGAAUAAAGUGAACGAUAGAGUACAUCUUACGAGAAAGAAAGCGAUGACCGAUCUCUGGUCUUACUGAGGCCCCCUCGUGUGUGAAUCUCAGCGUGCAGUAGGCGUGAAACAAGGUCGCGUUGGAUGUCCGCGCGGCGUGAAUAUCCGCGAAUCGGGAAGGUCAUUCGCGAUCGCCGCAGUGAUCGCGCGCGACGACGGACAUCCGCGUUCGUGGUCGCGCACGCGACGCUGACAUCGCGAGAAUCAUUCUCUCGUUUUCCCCACUCGUCGACGGCCACAUGACUUGACGAUUGCCUUUUUCUCCUCCCGCUGCUGCUCCUGCCCGUUGACUGAAGGCGGCGGCGGCAGUGGCGGCAACGACGUCACGACGACGUCGACGUGGACGAUAGCGAAGAGGAGUCAACGGCUGACAACGCGGCGUGGUGGAGGUUCGGGACUUAAAACGAGUGACACACGCCGCCGGCGAUUCAGUCGUUCGCAAGCGGUUGGUCCGCAGGUGCGAGACGUGCGUGGGUGCCUGCGAGAAGCGCGCGUGUGGGAUGGGUGUGUAUGUGAGUGAUCGCGUUUUCCUGGAUCGUCGUCCGCGUGUACACGUACGUAGUCUGUAAAAAGAGGAGCUUCCACACACAGAGAAGAAUUGACCGAAUCGCAGCAGGGAUCAAAAGAGAGAAAAAGAAAGAGAGAAAGAGAGAGAACAAGAGCAUAAAAUAGUCCUCUUAGAGGCUGUGGAUCCUUCUUCUUCUCCAUUUCGGUGCGUCCGUGGUGCGUCGUGACGAUCGUAGUGUUUGUCGUAGUGGCACGGUGUUACCGUCCUGUCGCUGCUGCUUUGGCAAGCAGUGGAAGCGGUGGCGGUGGCGACGGUGGCGGUGGUGUUGGUGGUGGAUAUAUAUAUAUAAUAGUGGAUGAUAACGGUGGCCCGCGGGGGUGGCGAAACUGGAGCAGCCGGUGGCGAUCGUCGUCGUCGGUGCAGCGGAGGAGCUAUCAUGUGCACGCGGCGGAUUUUCGGACUGGCGGUCGUGGCCCUGCUGACUCUCGGCGGUCGAGCGCGCGCGUACACCAACCAGUGGGCGGCACACAUCGAUGGAGGAGAGGAGGUGGCCAGGCGAGUCUCCGAGAACUAUGGAUUUCACUAUUUGGGCAAGAUAAAUGAUGAUUGGUUUCACAUGGAGCAUCGAUCCGUGGCGAAGAGGUCGGCGGAACCGCAUCUCGAAGUGCACCAAAGGCUAAUGAAUGACUCCAGAGUACGUCGAGCGGAGCAGCAGCGAGCAAAAUCGCGCAUCAAAAGGGAUCUUAUAAUCAAACGUCCGUCCAAUAUACUAACCAUGCUAAACGAUGAGAGGUGGCCUCAGAUGUGGUACCUGAACAGGGGAAAGGGGUUGGACAUGAACGUGCAGGGUGCUUGGGCUGAGGGAAUUACUGGAAACGGCAUUGUAGUCACGAUACUCGAUGAUGGAUUGGAGAAAGAUCACCCUGAUCUUUACAAAAAUUAUGAUCCUCAGGCGAGUUACGACGUCAACAGUCACGAUGAAGAUCCCAUGCCGAGGUACGAUUUGGUAGAUAGCAAUCGACACGGCACCAGGUGUGCCGGAGAAGUCGCAGCCACUGCCAACAAUUCUCUUUGCGCCGUAGGUGUUGCUUUUGGUGCUGGCGUAGGUGGUGUUCGAAUGCUAGACGGCGACGUGACAGAUGCCGUCGAAGCGAGAUCCUUGAGCCUUAAUCCCCAACACAUCGAUAUUUAUAGCGCCUCAUGGGGACCGGAUGACGAUGGCAAGACUGUAGACGGUCCUGGUGAAUUGGCCACCAGAGCUUUCAUCGAAGGAAUUACCAAAGGUCGCAACGGUAAGGGUUCGAUCUUCGUGUGGGCGUCCGGGAACGGCGGCCGGGACCACGACAACUGCAAUUGUGACGGCUAUACCAAUAGUAUCUGGACGCUGUCGAUCAGUAGCGCGACGGAGAACGGCCUUGUGCCCUGGUACAGCGAGGCGUGCUCGUCCACUCUCGCCACCACGUACAGUUCGGGUUCUACCGGCGAGAAACAGGUCGUCACUACGGAUUUGCAUCAUCACUGUACCAGCAGCCACACCGGCACCUCCGCAUCGGCGCCGUUGGCGGCCGGCAUUUGCGCCCUCGCUUUGGAAGCGAACAGAGAUCUUACCUGGCGGGAUAUGCAGCACAUCGUAGUCAGGACCGCCAAGCCUGCGAACCUGCAGGCACCCGAUUGGGUUGUUAACGGCGUCGGUAGAAACGUGAGCCACAGCUUCGGUUAUGGGCUGAUGGACGCCACUGCUAUGGUACGCUUAGCGAGAAGAUGGAGAACCGUCCCGGAGCAGCACAGAUGCGAAGUAUCGGCGCCGCAUACGGGCAGGACAAUACCGCCAAAGAGCCAAUUGGUCCUCGAUUUACAUGUCAAGGAGUGCAGCGGCGUAAAUUUCCUCGAGCAUGUUCAGGCGAAGGUAUCGCUGAUGGCAGCGAGACGAGGGGAUCUUCAGAUACAUCUUACAUCUCCUCAAGGUACAAAAAGCACUCUUCUCGCUAAAAGGCCGCACGAUAUCUCAAAGGCCGGUUUCAGCCAAUGGCCAUUCAUGUCAGUGCACACGUGGGGAGAGAGGCCGCACGGCACCUGGAAAUUAGAAAUUCACAAUGAGGGUCGAUAUCUUGGACGCGCUACUCUGCACGAGUGGGCGCUGAUUUUCUACGGCACUGCGACGCUGCCCGACCGAACCGAGUACGCUCUUUACAAUCCGGCUGGCAUGAGUAUACCCAGACGACCGUUCGUCAAGCCGCGGGAAAGCAUCCCGAAGAACCAGAAUACUCUGGCGAAGGGCAAGCAGACGCAGCAUAAGUCUGACAAGUCUGGCAAUUUGAGCCCGCCCUAUGUGAUGAACGCUCAAAUUCAGCCUCAGAGGAAAGGCAAGGCCCGCGGACAGCACAAGAACGGCAAGUCGGCUAAUCGACCGAAUCCUAAGCCCACCGCUCAAACCCUUCGGGGUCUAACCAACAUCAACAAAGGACCCAGCAAUGUGGCCGGUGACGUGCGUUUAAUCACAUCGAGACCACGUGGUAGAAGUACACCCAGUCCUAUUACCAGCACCGUGACCCAGACUGUUGCGACGACGAAGACGCAGACCACGACAACAAGCAAACAAAUUAUAACACAGAAGAUCAUCGACGUGGUUACCGCCUCGCCCCUUCAAAGGGGGCUGAUCUUGUUAGAACCACCGGCAAAGGCGGCUACUAACAAGGUCCCGGAGGUAUUUCAACAAUAUCCCAAGAUCCAACAGCUCUAUCCGGUUUACGGUGGAGCUCGCGGCGUCGGUCAGCACGCUACAAGAGCCAAAGGACUUGACCUGCUGCAGGACGAACAAUUUGACCCAAGUAAUCUAGACAAGGACACGUUGGAAGAAUGGAAGCUUGUAUUCUACGGCACGGAUACCUCAGUGGAAGUGGACGACGAGCUAGACAAGGACAAGCCGCUGCCGCCGGUGGUCCAGGAGGAAGUAAACAACGCUCCUUCGGACGUGCGGCAUAACGCAGUGGACACCGAGGGCGAUCCGUGGACAGGUAGCCGGCAGAUGAAUCGGGUGUCACACCCGGAGGUGCAGAGGCCAACGACGGAGAACCAGACGAGUGGCUGUGCCGCCUUCGAAGCCGGAGGCAACGGGUGCCUAGUGUGCAAACCGGAUUGGUAUCACAGCAACGGCAGCUGCUUGCAGCAGUGUCCAUCUGGAACUUAUGCGAUCCGAGAUGACGAUUCCGGUGCUUUCUGCACCGCAUGCCAUUACUCGUGCCUAUCUUGCAAAGGAUCUAGCGACUCGGACUGCAUCACCUGUCACGCGGAUUCAACGUUUAUAUGGAACAACGGAAGGGCACUGUGCGUACUGAGUAGCAUUUCCUGGAAAACGCAAUCCACAAUGUGGUUCCGCAGGUUGACCGUAGCGUUUUUGAUCAAUUUAGGCCUAGUGAUCGCUGUCAUCAUUUACUUUGUGUCCACCUGGUACAUCCGUAAACGCAAAUCCGUCCAUAAAUACAGCAAAGUAUCUUAUUCCGGUAACGGCGAAGUUCAUGCGGAUACGGAAUUAGGAAACGCUUAUAUCUCUGAAAGCGAAUGAGUCUAUCGAUAAUGACGAAGAAUAUUCUUAAAAGAAAACUGUGAUGUUAUUGAAAGCAUUUUGAGAGAAUCUGGUAUUCCAUAUCUUUUAAAAAUGUUCUUUAUUAAGAUACUGGAUAUAACACAAAGACUUUUUUGGAAAAUAUUUUUAUGAAAAAUAUAUAUUCUCUUUCCUUCCCUUUCUCUUUCUCUUAUUUUCAUAGAAAGUAUUUCAUCUUAUUUCAAAAUAAUUUUAUCUUGUAAAAAAAGGAGAGAAUAUUCAGAUAUUAAGUAAUCGUAUCGUGAGAAUAUUUUUUAUUAAAAUGAUUUGAUUCUAAUUUUUUAGAUAAAAACUGAAUGAAUAUGUUUAAAAGUAAUUUAAUGACAAAUGCAAAAAUAUCAUUUUCAGAAUAUUCUUUAAAAAUAAAAAUGUUUUGAAAAUCCUGUUUGCAAAGGCAUCUAAUAGUUUCAUAAGACGCAAAAUGAGAGAUGUAGGAAUUCUGGCUAUGUGCAGAUGCAAUACGUAUUAUUAUAAUGAAAUGUAUUGCAUAUAACAAUAUAUACAUUAUGUACAAUGUAUAUUAUACAAUAUAUUGAUUAUAUAUAAUAUUAUGUCAUAUAUGUAAUAAUAUCAUAUGUAUUAUAUGCUGCAAAAAUAUAAUAGAAUAUAUUUUAUAAUAUAUAUUGCUACAUGCAAACUUAAUAAAUAUAAUCGAAUUAAACUCUUUUUCUAAACGGACAGAAAUCAAAAUGCAGGAAUGAAGAAAAUAUUCAGAGAAAAUUUUCUGAGAAAAAUUUUGUAAGUACUUUGAUUUCAAUAAAUGUUCUACAAUUUUAUUUGAUUUACGCGAAUUCAGCACCAUCCCACCGCCAAGUUUAGGAGCAAUACUGCACUUUUGUGAGAGUAGAAAUGUUCCUUUGUAGAAGCGGCUUGUGAGAUGUCUCAAACGUAAAGCGUUAAUGGUACCGAUAGUUUCCUUUGAGAUGAAGCAAUCGCUUCGUUGCGUCGCCAGUAUUGUAGCAAUAGUUUUGUAACGAUGAAGCGUUUAUCAAUCGCCGGUGAAUUAACGCGUAAUGUCUUUUGAAGUGCCGGAAAAUGAUUUUAUGCGAUCCAAUAAAUCUUAGAUACUUGUAUGAUCAUCCGGACUUCUAUUGUGCGAUUAAGAGUGAGAGUGAUGAGUGUUAGUUUGGACUGUAAUCUGACUAACACGAUCACAAAUAACUUAUAAACAUUCGCAGAUAUAUUACUGGUAACUAUUACCUAUGAGAUCUGAACCAGUUUAAUAUGUAAUAUAUUGUAGACUAAUGUGAAAAAAAGACUUUAAGAUAGAUUUAAAAAGUAUACGUAUUAAACAAUAGAUUAAAGAAAGCUAUACAACAUUCCUACAUAUUUACAAAAACAAAGCAAUAUUUUAUUUAGUACCUAUCCAAUUUUACAACAAGUCAAAUUUCUACGAUCUUUGAUAAGCUAUGCAAUCUAAUUACCACAUCGUAUUACGUAUGCAUAGCUUGCAUACGUACAUUGAUCCGAAGCAGUGAUAAGAUUUAUUGCGAUUAAAAACCGAAAAUAACGUAAUAAUUUCAUUAUUUAAACGAAAUUUACAGUAAAGCAUAUUUUUGUAAGAGCAAUUUACCUCAGUAAUGUGAUACACCUGUUAGUGUAAAUUAUAGAUUAUAAAUCUCAUCGCCUAUUGUAAUUAUCCAUAAUUGUUACCAAUAAUCAUUGAAUUACGAUGUACAUUGUUCUUGUUAACGUUAUAAAUUUAAUAAAAUAAUGAAAAAUGAUAGCGAAAA